ACUCAACACAAACUGGAUAGGAAACACAGAUCCUGACAUACGGAGCUUUUAGACAACAUUUUUUUUAUUUUAUUAACAUCUAUUUAUACUUGAAUACUUCAUUUUGUCAGCAGGGAGGGUGCAAACCUGGAUUUUAUAUACUGGAUCAGUUUUUCUGAUGUUUUUCUUUUGUUUUGUUUUUUAUGGAUGUUAAAGUAACCUGUUGAAUACUUCAGAGAUUUACUUGUUUCUGGAGAGGUUUUGCACACAAACCUACAGUUUUCUGUUACUGUUUAAAAGUUCACUUCUGUCAUCUGUUUUGAAACUUGCUAAUCUGACAUCUCAAGUGAAUAUCAGUGUCACAUCUCGUCUCUGGCUCUGCCCGUAAUAGAAACACAGAUCGCUUUCUGCAGACUGACACUUGCCACUGGAACGCUGCUCCCUCCCGUGUGUUACUUCUCAUUCUGUUUUGAGGAGUUUCUUGACUUCGGACAACAGUUUCUGGGGUCGGAAAUGCUUUUUUUGUACCCCUUAUGGCUCAUUUUCUCUGCUGCGCUUUUUGUGGCUGCGCAAAGUGCGGGAGACCUCCAGGGCUAUACCUCCACUGCAGGUGGUGACCCACCGGACCCAUGCAUGACUGUAUCUCCACCAUGUCUGCACGAGGCCGAUCGCUACAGCCUGGAGGCCCUGCGGAGCAUCCAUCAGAUGAUGGACGAUGACCAAGAUGGCGGCAUCGAGGUGGAAGAGAGCAUGGAGUUUAUCAUUGAAGACAUGAAGCAGCAGCAGACCCAAAAACACAGCAAGCUGCACAGAGAAGACCAGCACAUCACAGUGGAGGAGCUCUGGAGGGGCUGGAAAUCCUCAGAAGUACACAACUGGACUCAGGAUGAAGUGCUGCGCUGGCUGAAAGAAUUUGUUGAGCUGCCCCAGUAUGAGAGGAAUUUUAAAGACUUCAAGGUCAAUGGAAACACUCUCCCAAGGAUUGCAGCAAAUGAACCAUCUUUCCUGAGUGGUCAUUUGAAAGUGUUGGACCAGAGAGAUAAACAGAAACUCAGCAUUAAAGCACUGGAUGUGGUGCUGUUUGGACCACCUACACGACCCCCUCAUAACUACAUGAAAGACUUGCUGCUCAUUGUGUCUGUGGUGAUGGGAAUCGGAGGCUGCUGGUUUGCCCAGGCUCAAAACAAAGCCAGUAAAGUUCACAUUAACAAAAUGAUGAGAGAUUUAGAAAGUCUGCAGAGAGCGGAGCAGAGCCUCAUUGACCUGCAGGAACAACUGGAGCGAGCCCAGGAAGAAAAACGCAACGUGGCGGAGGAGAAACAGAACCUGGAGGAGAAGAUGAGGGAUGAGAUCAUGGGGGCACAGGAAGAGGCUCAUCGUAUGCACGAGCUGAGGCAGGGAGCGUUCUCUGAGCUCAGCCGCCUCCGAUAUGCAGAGGAGGAACUGGAACAGGUCCGUGGAGCAUUGAAGCAGGCAGAGAAGGAGAUGUUGGCAAGCUGGACCGUCUCAGAGGCCCUUCAGCUGUGGCUCCAGCUGACACAUGAGAUAGAGGUCCAGUACUACAAUGUUAAAAAGCACAGUGCAGAACUUCAGCUUGCCAUUGCCAAGGAAGAGGCAGAAAGGAUCAAGAAGAAGAGGAAUUCUGUACUGGGGACACUCCAUGUGGCCCAUAGCUCCUCUUUAGACCAGGUUGACCACAAGAUCCUGGAGGCAAAGAAUGCGCUGUCAGAAGUAACGGCCUGCCUGCGAGAGCGCCUUCAUCGCUGGCAGCAGAUCGAGCUUUUCUGUGGCUUCCCCAUUAUGAGGAAUCCUGGACUAGCAAAACUAACCAAUCAGCUCUACUCAGAAUCACUGGCUCUGCGAUUGCCGCGAAUGCCACAGUCAUCACGUUCAUGUCACAGCUCUGUACAGGGAUCUAUAGAAGAUCUUUUAGACGAGCCCGCUUCACCAACCUUACCACAGAUGCAAGUUCCACCACUUAAGCGCUCUCCACGACUUCAGGGAUCCACCAUACAUAGGACACGGCGUCCUGGUGUCAUUUCUCAGCCACCAGCUGCCCUGAUUUCUCCAGACCCUGACCUUUUGAUCCCUAUCCGAACCCCUUACCCCUGUUAUGAUGAGGGAGAGGAGUUCAUCCUAAAAACUCUUAAAAAGCAAGAUUCCCAAGAGAGAUUUGUAGACUCUGAUUAUGUAACAUCCCCUCCCCUCUCCAAAAUGCUUUCUUCUUCUUCUGUUGAUCCUUCCUCUAGAAGGUUCCAUUGUGAUGAAGCUGAGUUCCUUGCAGAUGCUUCAACUGCAAAACCUUUUAGUGAACAAGAAGAAGCUUUGACUGAAUCUCCAGUUCACAAUCCUUACAUAGACGAACACGAAACCUUUAUAGAUAUAGAAGUUUCCCACAGGAAGGUAGCAAAAGACAAAUACUUGGACACUACUUUGGAAACCUGUUUCUUAAAGACCUCUACUGAAGAGUCUUUCAUAAAUACCCCUGCAUGGAAAAUAUCCAGAGACAGAAGUGAAGUUUUCAUGGAUGUUGCACUUGGAAAGGGGUUUUCAGAUGAGUUAAAUACAGAGAUUUCGUUGACAAAAAUGGAUAAAGACAUAAAAGGGAGUUUUAAGGACAAUGUCACCUCAAGAAAUAUCUACAAAGAGAAAUGUGAUUUACCACUGGAUGUGAGGAAGAUGCUUAGGGCUGAAUUAGAAGCAUCAACAGACACACAGAGGAAAAUAUCAAGAGAUAUGAAGGGAGCAUCCAUGGAAAGUAUCCCUAAAACAAUGUCAAUGGAUGAUGCUGAACGACUGAUUGAAUCCAGAAGAAUAACAAAAAGUGCAACGGCGAUCUCCCAGGACACAGGAUCUAGAAAGCAUUCACAUAAAGGAGAAGGUCAUCAUGAUUCCUCCAUGAGGGCAGGGGCAAGGGAGAAAAUGGUUGAAACAGUUAGAAAACCACUUAGGAAAAUAUCUAGAGAUGAGCUGGAGUCUUAUACUGAUACUGCUGCCAUAAAGAUACUGCCCAGAGAGAUGUUGGAAGAACGCAUGGAAAGCCUAACCUCUGCAGAUUUACAAGAGUUUGGUCUGGGACGAUCAACAGGCAAAGGGAUACUGAGGAAUGACACUGACACAUCUGUCAGUUCUCUCAGAAGGAGAAUACCAAGACUGCCAAGAGAUGAUGCAAACAGUUUGACAGAUACUUCAACUGGAAACAUUUCCAGAGAUAGAGUUGAUGUCCCAAUGGAAAUACCAAAACAACCAAUGCCUAUGGAGGAAGUGGGAGCCUCUGAGUCCAGUUCUUUGCCGUACCACAUUGGACAGCCAGACCUUAUGUUAACCUCCCAGUCACCAUGGAAGUCUUCAUCUGAUCUUUAUAACGCUGGCCCACUGAGUCAGCUUGUGUAUGAUGGCAUCCUUGAAAAGUCAUGCAGCUCCAUGGCUUCAACCCCAGCCACACUGUCAGCCUCCAUGCCAGUCCUGCCUCAGAGCAGGCUGCCACCUGAUGUUGAGCCACCAGUUCCACCACCAAAGCUUGUGAUCCCAUCACUUGCAUCACCUCCUGAAGGUGGGGAUGACAAGAACAAAGAUAAGGACAAAAGUAAGAAAACAUUGAAGCUCAAAAAUCUUUUCAAAAAGAAAAAUGACUCACCUCCAGAGAAGCUUCAGAGUGGUCUUCAAAAACUCUGACAGUCACCUGAAAUGUCUUUGCUUAUUUUUUUUUGUUUUAAUAAAUAAGAAAUUACAUUUUA